AUGGCUGGCAAUGGAAAUAGACGGGCAAUUGGGAUCGAUUUGGGGACGACAUACUCGUGUGUGGCGGCAUGGCAGCACGACCGCAUUGAGAUUAUACCGAACGAUCAAGGCAACCGCACCACCCCUUCUUACGUAGCUUUCACAGCCGAGGAGCGUCUCAUCGGCGACGCCGCUAAGAAUCAAGUCGCCAAUAAUCCCAUCAACACUGUUUUCGAUGCGAAGAGAUUGAUUGGUUGCAAAUUUAGUGAUGCAACGGUUCAAAGAGACAUUGCAUAUUGGCCGUUCAAGGUCAUUCCUGGGGCUGGCGACAAACCUAUGUUCGCGGUAACCUACAAAGGGGAGGAGAAACAGUUUUCUGCCGAGGAGAUCUCCUCAAUGGUGCUCACUAAGUUGAAGGAUAUUGCCGAAGCAUAUCUUGGAUCAACUGUCACGGACGUUGUCAUCACCGUGCCUGCUUAUUUCAACGACUCUCAGCGCCAGGCCACCAAGGAUGCCGGAGCCAUUGCUGGCCUUAAUGUUAUGAGGAUCAUUAAUGAGCCGACUGCUGCAGCCAUCGCAUACGGUCUUGAUAAAGGGGCUACUAGCUCUGUGGCUAAGAAUGUGCUGAUUUUCGACCUUGGUGGUGGCACGUUUGAUGUGACUGUAGCCACUAUUGACGGAGAUAGCAUUGAAGUAAAGGCCACCACUGGUGACACUCAUCUUGGAGGUCAGGACAUGGACAACAGGAUGGUAAAUCACUUUGUAAACGAGUUUAAAAGCAAGAAGGGAAAGGAUAUUAGUGGCCAUCCAAGAUCCAUAAGGAGAUUGAAGAAUGCUUGUGAAAGAGCCAAGAGGAUACUUUCUUCCUGUUUGGAAACCCCAAUUGAGAUUGAAUUGCUAUUUGAGGGGAUUGAUUUGUUUUCGAGCAUCAGUCGUGCUAAAUUUAACGACCUCAACACGGAUUUGUUCAACAAGUGUAUGGAACUGGUUGAGAAAUGCCUAUGUGAUGCAAAGGUGGAUAAGAGUAGCGUGGAUGAGGUGGUGCUGGUGGGCGGGUCGAGUAGAAUUCUGAAGGUGCAGGAGUUGUUGAAGGAGUUUUUCAAUGGGAAGGAGGCGUGCAAGACCAUUAAUCCAGACGAAGCCGUGGCUUAUGGUGCUGCAGUGCUGGCUGCCAAGUUGAGUGGUGAAGGCAAUGAGAAGGUGCAGAAUGUGGUUCUUUCAGAUGUUACUCCUUUGUCUCUUGGUAUUGCAGGCGUUGCAGAUUUGAUGCACGUGAUUAUUCCGAGGAAUACACCUAUCCCAACAAGGAUGGAGAAAACUUUCACCACAGAGAAGGACAAUCAGACCAGUGUAGUAAUUAAGGUGUAUGAGGGUGAAAGAAGCAAGGCAACAGACAACAAUCUGCUAGGAGUAUUCAAUCUCCUAGGCAUUCCAGCGGCGCCCAGAGGUGUUCCUAAAAUCAAAGAGUGCAUCGACAUUGAUGCAAAUGGUAUCAUGAGUGUAUCUGCGGAGCUCAUUGGUACUGGGUUGAAGAAAAAGAUCAUCAUCACCAACAACAAGGGCAGGCUCUCUAAGGAAGAAAUCAAGAGGAUGAUUGAGGAUGCGGAGAAGUACAAGAGGGAGGACAAGGAGUUUAGGAAGAAGGCUGGUAUGAGGAGUGCUUUGGAGAACUACGCCUACGACAUGAGGAACAACACCAGAAGUGCAACCGGGAUUGAAGCAGCCGACAAGAAGGAGAUAGAGAAGGCCUUCGAGUCUACUAUGAUAUGGUUGGAGUCAAACAAACUUGCAAAGGUUGAUGCUUUCAAAGAGAAGUUGAAGGAACUUAAGCUGAUUUAUAAUCGCAUUGUUGCUAAGAUGCACCAAAGUACCGUGCACUCUGGUGGUCCCAGUAUUGCAGAAGUGGAUUAA